GCGAGCAGGCUUUUCCUGGUUCGGCACAGCGUAGUACUGACAAGCAGCAAAGGUAAUACCUGAUCUGCGCAUUAGCGGGUCCGACAUGGCUGCCGAUCACGGCGAUAGAAACGCCGAUCAAGCAGAGCCGUCGGGGAAAUCCCAGAAUGUCCAACAGGGAUCAGCCGGUGAAAUCCGGAGUGACGAGAGAUCCGCAGGUGGUGACUCUCACUUUGAACAGACUUCUUUUGACACUGAACCGUUAUCAGCUCACUUUGAACAGGCUUCUGCUGCAGAGGGAGAGAGAAGCCCAUCCGGUAAUGUAGUAGCUGGGAGCGAGGAGGAAGUGUCGGCUUCUUCGCUUGGAGUGAAACCGCGGGGAGAAUCGGGGGUUACUGCAGGCCAGGAGAAGAUAGGGGAAGUUGAGGAAGAGGAAGAAGAGGAAGAGGAGAUUGAUCCGGAGAAUCCACGAGGACGGUUGCUGAUGGUGAAGCACGCCAAGUAUAUAAAGAACCUGGACAAAAAGACAGAUGGAAUCGAGUACGUGGCAACGGAGCAUCUGAGAAUGAGCGGAGCCUACUGGGGCCUGACGGCCAUGGACCUCAUGGGACGACUAAGGGAGAUGCACAACCCUGGCAUGGUGCCCUGGAUCCUCAACUGCCAACAGCCGGAUGGCGGGUUUGGCGGCAGCAUUGGCCACGACUCGCAUCUCCUGUACACGCUCAGCGCCGUCCAGAUACUUGCGCUAUUGGACAAAAUGGACGCCGUCGAUGCCGACCGCAUUGCCACAUAUAUUGCGGGCCUGCAACAACCAGACGGGUCGUUCAUCGGAGAUGCAUGGGGAGAGGUGGACACACGGUUUUCCCUAUUGCGCCAUCUCCUGCUUAUCCCUCCUGGAUCGAACGCACGCCAUCGACCUCCCCGCAGCUGUCCGAUUCAUCGCCAGCUGUCAGAACUUUGACGGCGGAUUCGGGUCCGUCCCGGGCGGCGAGUCACACGCAGGCCAGAUCUUCUGCUGCGUGGCUGCACUAGCCAUAGCUGGCGCGCUCUCAUUGGUGGAUCGGGAUCUCCUGGGGUGGUGGCUGUGCGAGCGCCAGGUGCCAGCAGGGGGGCUCAACGGCCGGCCAGAGAAACUACCAGACGUGUGCUACUCCUGGUGGGUGCUCUCCAGCCUUGUGCUCAUCGACAGAGUGCAUUGGAUUAGUGCAGAGAAGCUCAAGCACUUCAUUCUACAGUGCCAGGAUGAGGAGAGAGGGGGCAUCUCUGAUCGUCCCAAUGACAUGGUGGAUGUUUUUCACACGUUCUUUGGCAUCGCUGGCCUGAGCUUGUUGGAGUACCCCAAUCUCAAGCCAGUAGACCCAGCUUACGCACUUCCUGUAGACGUCGUAGAUAGGGUUUUUAGAGACAGAGAGUUGAAGCACCUUGACUUGGCGUAGUGUUGGUGAACUAUGCAAUUCGAUGCUCAUGGCUGUCGGCUUCCUAUAUUUCGAGCGGGAUCGUGCUUCUAUUAUGAAGGAAGCCAACAGAUGUAAUUGAUGAGAGGAAAUUGUUUUGAUUCUCUGAGAUCAUACAAG